AGGACUGGCUGUCAUUGCCUUUGGUCUGUGGCUGCGGUUUGGUGGGGUUAUGGCAGAGUUUGCUUCAGACAAAAGAUCCCCGGAGUAUUUCUUCAUGGGACUCUAUGUAUUGGUGGGAGCAGGGGCUCUGAUGACCACAGUUGGAUUAUUUGGAUGCUGCGGAGCAUCGCGGGAAUCUCAAUGUUUACUUGGAGCAUUUUUUGCUUGCUUAUUGGUGAUAUUUGCUGCUGAGAUCACUGCUGGAGUAUUUACCUUUAUAGGCAAGAAAGGGGUAAUACAGGAAGCCCAGAAAUUAUAUGAAGACAUUUAUGACGACUAUAUGAAAAAUCCAGAAAAGGUCAAUGGGACUAUUUAUCGCUACCACUCAGCUCUGCAAUGCUGUGGUAAGGGUAGUACGGAACAACAAAUGGGAUUACCCUGUCCAGAAAACAUCCAGAUGCCAAAGAACUGCCUUGUUGAAAUCCAGAAUGUAAUUGAUGCUUAUCUGCAUUUAGUUGGAAUUGCUGGAAUUGCAAUUGCUGGCAUCACAAUCUUUGGCAUGAUAUUCAGCAUGGUUCUCUGCUGUGCGAUCCGUAAUACAAGAGACAUGAUCUAAAAUUCUCGCUGCACAACUAUGUCCCAGGAGUCCCACACUAAACUUUACAAGAAGCGCUCUUCCUACCCAACUUAAUAAUUGUAAUACAUUUUAUUUAGUGUUUUAACAUACUGAAAAGAAAAUAUCGCAUUAG